AUGGUNAAAGAUGACACCUUCGAUAAAGAAAUCACAGAACCAAAGAGAGAAUCAGUGAUUGAGUUUGAAAUAGGGAAAGGCGAUAAGGAUAUCCAUAAGAAAUUAACCGAUAAAAUUAGAACCCCUGAUGACAAACAAUUACACUUUGACCAUGGGGAGGAAACAACAACUAUUGUAACUGAAGUAACUGAAACUCAUGUAGCGAAUCUUAAUGAAACAGAUGGUGAUUUAAUUGGAGAAACCCCGACAACUUCAGAAAUUCAAAAACCAACAGACGAAACCCCUAGUCCUAGGGAUAAAGAUCCCUUUAAAGAAUCAAAAAUACUCGAACUUUCCCAGG